AUGCCUAUUGAUGUACUAGCCUUGAAAAAGAAGAUGAGCAGGAUGCUCUUUGACCCAGCGGUCUGUGCUGUCCUCAGCAGCCUGCUGCUCUAUAUCACGGGCCAGGCAGAUGGGCCUCAGGGGCCUGCCCAGGCCACACGGGCCCAGGGCAAGGAGAACAAAGUGAGCCACAGGCCCGAGCCCCUGGAGCCCUACCAGCGACCCACCAAGUUCCAGCUUCUGCAGUCCAAGUUCAUGAACACCAACCGGGAGCCCUACAUCAAGAAGACCCGGGAGGUGGGCAGGCUGAUAUUCAAGGACAAGCAGGGGCCCAGCAGGAGCUUUGUGAACGCAACCAUCAACAAGCUCCUCGAAAAGACCAAGGAGAAAGCAAGCAGCCCCGGGGAGGAAAACAAAUUCACCGAGAAACCCCAGUGGGGUCACCCCAAUGGGAAAAGCCCUGUGAAAAACAUUCUAAAGAUGUUCUUGGCAGCCGAAGAGAAGGAAGCCAAGGAGAAAGAAGCUCGAGAGACCCCUCCCGCCAGGCAACCUAAAACCACCAGUGGCAUCUUGCCAAAGAUUGUCAGCAAGAAGAACUCAGUCCUGUCCAAACUGAAAGAAAAGUUUGAACAAAGUGGUUGUCUUUGCUCAGAAGCCAAUGUGCUGCUGCUCCGUAAAGAAGAACGGAAGAAAAAGAACCUGCAGAGGAAGAAAAUGCACAGGCCAGAAAUCCGGGUGCUCCACACAGCAACCAUGGUCAGCACCUGCCUCAAAACGCCCCUGGCCCGGUAUGUGGCCUGCAUAGACGGGCCCACACCAGCCUUCAGCAUCGCCACCGUCGUCUGCAGUCCCAGGACCUGGCUCUCCCACUGUGCUAAAAUUAGUCACUCCAAUUCUCGAAGUGUGCCAAUAAGAAAAACCAGCAUGUCUUGCAACACGGGGGAAGUUGAGCCCCAUGGGAAUAAAAUACCAGGAAAGAGGCCCCUCAGUGGAGAGCCCCAAGGACAAAUGGACUCCACACAAGCCUUGAAGCCCAAGGUGAUGGCUGCUCAGGAGGACCUUGCUCCUGUGAAAAGAGCUUUCCCCAGUACCGCACUUGAUGGUCUUCUCCAGCUAAGCCCUUAUUCUGCUUUCUGCGAAAGCAAAGCCCCUCCAGACCACACUCUGGUGUUGUCUUCACUCCACCCAGUCAACCAAAGCAGUGCUGGAUUAGGUGGAUGUGCUAAAGCGGAGGAACUGCAGAAGGGAGGCGAGGCUGUGGAGGGCUUCGGGGAGGCUGGCUCACGUAUGGGUUGGCCUCAUUCCAGUAAAGCCUUAGCAGUCCCAUCUCGUGGGCCCCCAGGCGAGGGAGCAGGGGAAAGCCCUGAAAUUACCAUGACUGUAUGCAGUUCGGAGGAUGAAACAGAAAGAGCAAUGCCAGAGUCAGAAAGAGAUCUCCUCUUUGCCAACCUAAUGUAUUUCCCAGAACAGAAAGUACCAGGACAUAUCCCACCACUUGCCUCCCCAGCAGCCCGGGCUGCUCGGCAAACACAGUCUGCCAUGGAACCUCCACAAAUAGCCAUCAAACUUCCAGUGGUUUAUGAAAUGCCACCCGCUCCUGUCACUCUGCAAAAUGCAUCAGGUAGUGAAGACAAAUAUAUUCCUAUUUUUGGAGGAGGGAAUGUGACUGAAAAUGCACAGACAUUAUUUCCCAUUAUGAUGGAGAAUAAAAGGGAUAACCAAGCCACAAUGAAACCAAGCAAACCUGGGAAACCAGUGAAACUCAGUACUUCUUCAAAGCAAGUGUCCCACGCAGAUCUAAAGCCCGCACCAUUAACAGAGGUGGCUGGUUUUGACCAUAAGAUCACAGAGACAGUACUGUCACCAAAACCUCAAGAAAUCUCCACUGGAGAAAAGGAAAACAAAUGCAGCUUUGAAAAGUCAAAUAAUUUCAAGAUUCAUGAUGAUAUUUCAAGGGAGACUAUUUCUGAGCUCAGUGAUGAUAAACAUCAGUUGACAGAAUUAAAUGAAAUACCAAUACAUAACAAUGGCACCGCAUCAAAUUAUUCCAAAGCAUUGAAAAAUAGUGUAAGAGGAAAUACCUGCCCUAACUCUGGCAGUCAGCAAUUGCCCUCUUCCAACAAGAGAAACUUGAUGGGCAUCUCAGCAUUGCUAGCAGCUCCGUCCAAGGGUGGUUUGACAUCCGAGAGUUUUACCAUGAUGAGCAAGAAUAUUCUAUGUGAGCAAGAAGAAUGUAAAAGGCCACCAUUGACAGGGUUUGGUCAGUCCCUAACAAUUGCUGAAGGAAGCACCAACCAUGAUUUUGGCAAGAACAAACUGUCUUCGUUGAAUGAACUGCCCGAACCAAGUAUUAAAGCCUUCAGGGAGAUGGCACCUGUAGGAGGCAUCAGUAGUCAGACAAGGUCAUCACCUGGGAACACCCUAAACCCUAAAAGUAAUAUGGCCGAAGAGGCGAAUACUUUGGACAAGGAAGAAUACAGAACAUCAUCCAGUCAUUUUGCCACUAAAGAGAAUAGUUUUGUAGGAGAGGAUCUCCCUUAUGAACCUAGAAAACACCAAUUCUUGGCACCAAGUGGAUCCUUAAAACACAAAAAGAAUAGAGCAACAGAAAGGAGUAUCUUCAGUGACACAGAGCAGUGCCGGUCUUCACCAUCAGAGUACCAGAUAAUUCACUCAAACGAAGCCUCAGCUGCUAAUAGCCAGCUUAUGGAAGAUAUCAAAACUAAUACAGCAAUAGAAAGCAGAAACAGUAUAGCCAUGGAAGGAAAUCCUUUGGGAAAUAAUCUGAAGUCUCAAAUUCUAUCUUCAAAUUAUUCCACGCCACAGGAAAAUAGCACAGCAGGGUCUCCCUGCCACAGUUUUGGCAAGCAGCAGUUACCAUCUUUGAAUCAACAGACAAAAGAUAACAAGUGCGCUGUGUCAGGAAAACAACUUUCUUUUGACAUGGAUAGUUUCCAUCAGUUUCCCGUGUUGUCGUCAACAGAAGAAGUAAAGUGUGUGAAUAGAGCAUCCCAAGAGCAGAAGAAUCCGAGUUUUCAAACACAGCCAUUACCUUCGACAAGUGUAAUGACCAAGCACAAGGCUGAUGCCCCCAAGGAAAAGAACUUGGUAAAUAAAGUUGAGGAAAGUCAACUCACAUUGGCAAACUUAGGGAGCCAAAAAAAUCACCAUGAACAAGAGAAAAAUAUCUCAAGUAACGUGAGGUUACACCAGACUCAAUCAUCUCAACAACGAGAAGAUUCUGGAAAGAAGAAAAUAGCAUCUUUGGGUCAGAAGGCUGUGCUGUACACUGCUGAAAAGCCUCAGACACAGAUGUCAGGUGGUUUGGCAGGGAACAAAAAGAUGCCUGCUGAAAUGAAGAAUUCCUCCUCCCAAUACGUUGAGAAAGGCCAAGGACAUUUAUCAGGGAAAUUGGGGAAGUACGUAUGUAACCCAACUCAGAGGAGUGUUGCCCAGGCUAAGAAGAACCAGUCAGCACCUUCUGGGGAGCCAGGGAAGCCAGGAAUCCUCAUUGCUCAGGGACAAGGACAGGCCAAGGAAAACAAGGUGGUGCCACGUGAUGUGGAGCAGCCCAUAAGCAGUACAGCAGAAGUAAAGCCCAUCGCUGGGAAAAGUGGGCAUUACCAAAGAGCAGCAUCCAGUGAUGGCUGGAAGACAGAGCAUGACACGCACCAAAAACCAAUGGAAAACCAACCCAACACAACCAAGUACAAAACAUCCUCUCACCAGGAGUUGAAACAAUCUCACCCUGAGAAAAGAUUUGCAAUAUCCACGCCUGACUCUGUGGGGUGCCAGACACCUGCCCCUGUGCAGGAGCAACUUCCAAACAAUCCCAAGAGAGAGAAAGACAUUUGGGACCAAAUAGAUGAAUUAGAACACAAACAACGCAGAAGGUUGGCACAAUUCGCAAAGUACAAAGCACAAAGCUUUGGUGACCAAAAGUCCUUUGAUUUAUCCUUUAGACCAACAACUAUUAGAGCCAACGAUACAUUCGAAUUUUGA